CCCACGUGUCAUAACAUCGCGUGAACUUGUCAAAGUCGGUUAAAGUUUGUGAUCGCUAUCUGCACUUUGCGUCGAUCAAGUGAAAUCAGCAGUUAGUUGAUGAUAUAGAUAUGCCCUGCGCCCCACGGGGUAGUUUGGGAGCUAUCGCUUUCAGAGUGACAGCGAAACUGAUCCUGGGCUUCUCUGAUCGUCACUGCUGGGCGAGGAUUGUGUGUCAGUGUACGGGCCAGCAGCGUGUUACCGGGAGAAGCGAGAGAGCUUUCUCUACAAUCGGAGCCAAUGAACUGAACGUAAGGCUCUUUACAACGGAGGCCGAUUUUACCUGGAGUAUUUAUGUGUUGGUCGGAGAUCGCGCUUGGCGCAUGCUGUCCUUGUUCUGUGGAUUACGUUGGUCAUACUUGGAUAUUGUGUAUUCUGUGCUGAGAGUGAUAAGAAUCGCCGGACCCCUACAGAUGUGAAACCCAGGAACUAAAUGUACGAGAAAGCAAGGGACGCUCGCGUGAAAAAGAACAGAAUUUCACAAUUUAUUGAAGCAAUUUGCUUGAGGUUCUGCCAGUAUGUUUGGCCUGAACACGCCCUUGAGCAAAUCCAUCUCCGGUGGCGACUUUGACUCUGUCAACGUCAUUCUGGGAAACAGCUCAUUUAAAGACAAAGCUAAAGUCACCUGGCAGACGGAAGUGAAUGAGGAUGGAGAGGUGUUCUAUCUGGAUACUGGCAAGGUUGACGAUGCUCUUCCACUGAGUGUGGGACCCACCCCUACAACUGUGCCACACCCAUGCUGCGAGUCAUCUGCUGGGUGGUGCAGCACCAGAAACUGCAAAUGCUCCAACAGUGAAGACACAGGUUAUUCUACAGACAAUGACCAGCCUUCACCCAAAAAUGAAAAGGUUUCCAAAAAAUCAACUCGAUUUUCUUCCUUUUUGAAAAAGAAAGACUCCAAAUCCUCCAAUGAGGCAAGGGAUGUGUGUAGUGAGGCUGAGUGUUAUUGCCCGGAUAUGGAGUCUGUGAAGGAGGUGGUGUUACUCGUGGACCCGGGGUUACGGCCUGUGGGGAGACCUGGGGAGACGCUGUGUGAGCGGCUAUUGGGCAUUAUUCCUGGCAUUCUCGGAACUAAUGGACAUAUUGUGAAGAGUACGAAGUUGGACAGGGAGAAGAUCGUGGUGAAGGGCUUCAUCCCAGAUGGGCCUGCUGUCAAGUUUAGAGAUAUUAGAAUAGGUGACUGGUUAAAGUGUAUCAAUGGCCGAGAUGUGGGAUGGUCAACAAUUGAUGCCCGACUCAAGUCUAUCACCUACCCUAAGAAGGUCAGGUUAAAGCUGGAAUCUCCCCCGCCGUCGGCCCUGCCCGACUCCCCCUGUCCCCCCUCACCCAUGGACCACCAGUAUGAGAGCCUGCUGGAGCUGGUGUCGGGGGACCAGCUGACCGUGCAGGGCGGGGACCCUAUGGGGGUCUUCUAUAUGUCCAUGGAAGGAGUAACGUCCGACGAUGUCGCCGAUCAGGAGGAUCUCGUGUACAGCUACCCCCCUGGGGACGGCAUGGUGACCGGCAUCAGAGGCAUGUUCUAUACACUCUCACACCUACUCAGGGACUUCGUCGUCUCCAAUGUCACUAAUUCCAGCUUUGUUGUGAAUGGGGAUCUGGUCCACACCGUCUACCACAUGGAAGGUAGGGACCUCAUGCUGGUGGCUGUCCCCGACAAAUGGUGCUCUAUCUCAGUGCUGAAACUCAUCUUGGCUGACAUUGUGCGACUGCUGCGUUUCCUAGUCGGAUCAGUCGAGGAUGCUCUCCGUCAGAACAAACAUCGGCAUUUGGUGGAUGAGAUCUUCUCACUCCUCUUCAAGUCAAUAUCAGGGGAGACGAGAAGUGGCCCUGUCAAUCAAAUCCAUAAUCAUCCCUCAUUGGUCAAAGCAGCUGUCAAUCAAAAUCUAAGUCUUCCCCCAUUGGUCGGAACAUUUGCUCAUUCUGGUCAUGUGCAAUAUCUACCGCUGUCUGAUGAGAUUAUGGAACACACAAGUGGAAUAUUGACUGAUUUUGAAGCAUCAGAUUUUGUUGAUAUGUCUGACAACUUCUACGGGUGUCGGAGAUCUUACACUGUGCUGGGCUCUGGUGUGUUCUACAAGGGCCACCUGCUGUGUAGCCACUUGUCGCGGGACGACCUCGUGGACAUCCACCUCUACCUGUCCCAUCACAUGCUGCUCACACUCACAGCCAAUCAGAAGGUCAGCCAGCUGGUCAUCUGGCGGGAGAUCUUCCCGACUCGCUUCUGUUACGAUGUCAGUGAAAUAAACAACACCUUCGGGUACUCAGAGCCUCAUGCUAGGUGGUUCCUGCUGGUCGUGGGUUUGAAACAUGGCCUGCUGGCGGUACUGCUCGAGGCUGGUGGAUGUGCCACUCAGCAACAAGGGAGGCCCAGUCCAGAGCCGUUCUAUAUCGACCAGGCUCGCUGCACGCUGAUGCAGAUUCAGACACCUGAGCUGAUUGGUCGCUGUGAGGCCAGAAUGUCAGGCAGCGGCCUGCCUCCAACUGUCAGUAUAGACGCCUUCCUGUCCAGCACUCCCACCGAUCUGACGGCCACAGGCUAUGCUCACGACGACUUCACCCCAAGAGGUCAAGGUCUAUCUGUAUCCAGCCGAUACUUCGGCCGCACACAGAGGAAGUCGUCAAUAGAGUCGGAUGGUUCCAGUGGGAGUGGCGGCAGUGAUGGCAUAUUCAGAAGUCAGAGACGACAGCGGAUGUUCCCGACGGCAGGGGAGACAACUCAUCCAGGGGGCAGCAACACCACUGACUGGUUGAGUCCAAAGGUGACGGAUGGGGCCGAGAACUGCCUGUUUCACUACUGCAGCAUGGAUACCCUGGAGGGGCUGUACAUCACCUCCCCCCUCCCCGACGCGGCCGCGCCCCUCCACGCACAGCUCAUUCACAACUUCUACCGCUGCUGCACACAGAUACAGGCCAUGUUCCGCAGCGCCAUCACCUACAGGGCCCUUGUGAACCAGGAGGAUGAGCCUGUACUGUACCCAGACCGGAACCUGAUCAGCAUCCGGGAGCAGGGUGUGCUGUUCCACUGCCCCUCCCAGCCGGGGUCAGACUCCCGCCGAACCAAACAAUCACUAGCAUACUGGGUUGUAGGGCGCAAGUACAGCCGCCCUGUGAAGCAGGAGGUGUAUGUGUGUUUCCACGAGUCAACACCACAGAACGUCGUGGAGAUGGCCUUCAGGCUUAAUUUCGGGCUCCUGUCUCCCGGGUGACGCCAGUGUCGACACACACCACUCCUUCAUCUCCUGCCCAGGAUGCCAGGGUGACGUCUGCCCUUAGAUUCACCUCGUCCAGUCUUUGGGAGCCCAGUCGUUGGGCACCAUUUACUGAAGAUCAUGAUGUCACGAAGAUCACUGAAGAUCACUGAAGAUCAUAAUAUUCAGAAGAUCAUGUGGUACUGAAGAUGUGCUGAACAUCAGGAUGUGAAGAUCAAAAAGUACCGAAGAUCAUGAUAUACCAGAUCAAGAUAAACUAAAGAUCACAAUGUAUGAAAGAUUGCGAUAAAGUAAAGAUUUCAAUUCAUAUACUGAAGAUCGCAGUGGAUCAAAGAUCACAACUUACAAAUGAUCAUGACAUUGAAGAUCAGUAUGUCAAGAGAUCACAAUAUAUGACAACUGACAACCGAGUUUACCAUAAUUGUGUAUCUUGUAUGGUUUUGCCAGGCAACAUGUGGGCCAGAGGUCAGAUAUAAUGUCUGGCAGUAGAUCUGAAGACGUCCUGGUCCAACAGGUCAGGGUGAGCGUGGUUUAGUGCCAGUUCUUGUAGGGCCUGUCAGGGGGGGUGACACCUGGAAGCUAUGAAGACUAUGAAGGGCAUCCCUUAAGAAGUCCACGUAGGAGAGUCUCUGCUUCAGGCACUUACACUACUGUGUGUCCAGGAUCUCAUGAGUAAUGUCAUGGUCUACAGUUGCCCUGUGUGUAGUUCCUGAUAGCACAAGCAUGUAUUGACUACUCCAGCAGGUGCCUCUUGGCCAGUUUGACAUUCUCAGCUAUGUACAAAGUGCUUACACCCAGUUCAGGAGGAGCAUCUCUGCCUGCAGGAUGUCAGAGGAUGAACAUUAAACCUCGUUGAACCAAGAAGUUAGAUUUCUCAUCAAUAAUGACAUGCUUGCUAUGGUUACAGUGUGUAUUGACAUGGUUCACAAUCUGAAAGAUGUGAAAACUUUGAGUAUUGACCUGCAUGCUGGAAGCCUGGAUGUUAUCCCGUGGAGAACGAGAUCAUGUCACACCAUCAUGUGAACCGUCCGUGACUGUGCAAAGUUGACUCACUCUUAUCAAGGUCAUCUGGACCCAUCAUUUUCAUCCCUUCAUCAACUGAGAACCAUAGGGGCGUGGUGUCCUAAAGAGAACAUGUUCACAGGUUGGAUGAAGAAGAUUCGACCUUUUAUACCUCAGUGGCUACAAAAUAUAACAUAUUUACAAGUCACAUGGUCACAAACCUGCCAAACAAAUUACCUCGUGUCUUUUAAACAUGUGUCUGUGAUAACGGAAAUAUUAUUUUAUUUGUGAACUGAAGCGACUAACCAAAUAUUCCAAAGGGAGUAUGUCAGAUAGGAAAUGCUGAGAUUUCUUAUUUUUUAUGAAGCGAUUGUACAUUAUCUAAGGGGACAUGAAUGUGUGGGAUCUGUUUUUGGCCAGACACUGCCAGAUCCAGGACAGGUUCUUGAUGUACAGAUCUCGGCCUGGUGAAGUACAGGACCCUGUUCACGGGGCGAUCAUUGUGCUUUGACUAUUGUAAAUCCCCAUCUUUAACAAAGACCUAUGACACCAUAGCUUUAUGAUCAUUUGCGAAACAGGUCCAGAUCUUUCAAAAAGAUGGUCUGAUUGAUCAGACCAGAAGCCUAAAUGGAUGCUCAAAGUAUGGAUAUUUAAAAGAACUGCUGUUGAUGAUAACAUGAUAUACAGAAGUUAUUAUGUCAAUCUACUGAUGCUCAUGUUGUUUUUUUAAAUUAUUAUUAUUAUUCCAGUUGAUACAGUAUUAAGGCAAACUUUUGGAAAUACUUACAUAAACAUGAUAAAGAGAUUUCAAGCUUAUCGAGAAUUAUAAUAACCCAGUAAAAUAUGUCCAGCUUUUAAGUAUUAAAUUCCAACAACUGAGUGACAUUCUUUAUAAAGACUUCCUUUGCACUUCAAAUAUUCCCAGGAUAAGCCAGAGAACAAUCUGGUUUGCCUUACAUUUGAAACAAUGAACAAUAAGCCCAAGUGCCGUUGUUUCCAUUCUCACUGGUCUUUGUGUCUAUCAAUGUGAUUAAAUGUUUGUAGUCAUGAUGGAAGCAAAUAUAUUUCAAAGAUGUCUAUUGCUUUAUAAUAUAAAAUACCUCAUUCCAUAUCUGGUCAGGUCCAUGAUAUUAUUUUUACAUGAAUUACUGUAUUUUAGUAAAUAUUGUUAAUUUGAUCUUUUCAUGUUUCAAAUACCAGGGUGGAUACUAUAUACAUCAUGACAAGACAAUGUCAAACAGGAGACUUCUUAUCCAUGUUUUUCAACACUAAUGUCAGAAAUCAGUGUUUGAAAAGUAACAUAUUUAACAAGUUAAUAUGAUUAAGUCAACCCCAAGUUCUGACAGGGAAUUUUCAAGUAUCCUUUUUUUCCAGAUUUCAUGCAGAUCUUGCAUUCCCAAUCUCAUUGAAAUCAGAUCUAUUACUGUGAUACGAUACCUUCUCUGCGAUAGUCUGCAUGAAGACCCAAGGACACCUCCAGAAGUCCUGUCAUAUCCAAUCAGGGUCAAGGCUUCCAACUUCUUGGUACAAUUUCAAUAUAUUUGGGGGUGUCUGAAUGCAAAAGAAUAAAGCUUCACUAUGAAUAUUUUAUACCUGGUAACUGUGUUUGAAACACUGCCCAUGUGACGAAGAAUUUAGCUUCUAGGGAGAUAUCUCAGCUCUUCACACACAGAGAUCUUGUAUCAGAGUAAAAGAUCUUUCUAUUAGUAUUUUUGUUGUAAUGUACUUUUCAGAAACUGACAGUAAUUGAAAAUGAUACGUCAUGGGUAGUCUGUGAAAAACACCCACCCACCCCGAGUCUUUUUACGCAUCUGGUCACUUAAUACAUUGAAUCAGUAUAUUUACUAUUUGAUAUCGAUGUGGUUGAACGUUGAAUUUCAUGUGAAUGUGCUUGAAUGUUGUUGGAAUCUGAUUGGUCAAUUCAAAUAACAGUCGAGGAAUUCAGGGAUAUCUUUUGUUGAAUGAACCAAAUAUUUGAAUGCAUAUUUGUUCGUGAUGUAUAUAUGGUUGAAUGUUAGAUGUUAAUGAUAUGUGUCGCUAAGACACUGGUGCUUGUAAAUCCUUGUGUAUAGCUGUGAUUGCAUUACAAUGUGCUGAGUUAGGGCCAGAGGCUGGUAUGAGGGAUGGCAAGAGAUGGUUAGUAUCACAAGAAUCAGAACUGCCUGUACAGUUACAUUGAAACUAUUGGAAGUACGAAGCACCCAGCUCUCUGUGAUUCCAGUAGUGAUUGAGUGAGGGAGGAAGAAUGGAUGGGCGGAUGGGAGUGAAUGAGUGAGUGAGGGAGAAUGGGAGUGAGGAAUAAACGAUGGGAAGGAGGAGGGGAGUGAAUAAGUAAGUGAGGAGUGAGGUGUUACUCCAAGUUAUGCAAUAUUCCCCAAAUGGACGUCACACAUUGUCCCAUGGUAGCUGAGUCUGAUAUGAGCCCCGCUAGGGGUAGAUCAUGCAGUAGUAAACACUAAUACAGUAAGCAUUUCUUGUCCUUCCAGCAUCCCAACAGUGCUCUUUAUCUACACAAACCUACCCCCAGGCUGUAGGUAGAUCAUAUCAAUGAAUCCCUCGUUUCUUGUUGUUCAUUAUUAUUUCAGUAGCUAUAAACCUGAAGGAUGAAACCACAAUCUUUAGAAAAAAAAUGCUAAUGCUAAAUCUUCCCAAUGUCCUAAUGCCUGAACAGACUGUUAAUGAGCUACGUACAGGGUAAUUGUUUGGGGGUGUCAACAUACAUGAACAGGAAAAAACGUUAAGCAUAAUCUCUUCCUUAUUUUCAUAAUAUCCCCAAAUUCCAUGUAUCUUUUGAAAAUAUCUACAUGUGACAUAAUAAUUGAUAAAUGUUAAAAAUCACACUGAUACCCUGCUGAAAUAUUGGUACCGGGGCACUGUUCCUCCAGAUGGUCGCAAGUACUGGGUAAGACUUGUAAUGCAGUGACACACGAAGCAAUGGAAAGAGUAAGACAAAUGACUAUUGCCAUGGCAACAAAAAUGUCAUUGGAGAAUAAUUUUAGUUUCUGUAUUAAAAUCAUGUCAGUUUCAGUUUGAAAUAUACAUGUGUAUCAGAAAAUCAGUACAUGAUAGGAUUUAAGAAAUGGCUAUAUAUAAGAACAUUUACUGUAACUCCAGUUGUGCAUGUCCAGCCAGUAGCUACUGACUGUGAGUUCAGUGUAUGCCAGUACCACGGGUUGUCCGAAACACCUGUCUAUUUUAACCACCGAUGUUGGUAUUUGACCCCCCCUUGUGUCAGCUGUCCAUGCCUCCCAGUCCAGAGGGAUAUUAUCAGCAAUACACUCUGGGUGGUUUUUGUCUGUGGUGCAAUGAGAUACUGAGUAUCAGACUUGUUAUUUGUUGUUUUCUAAUAAAACUGUUGAAAUACUA